AUGGUGGCCCAACUGCUAGGGCUGGCCUUUCUAUUGCUACCUACCGGCCUCGUCACCUUUACGACUUAUGCGGUGCAGAUCAAUCACAACGGGGAGGUGGUGUACCAGGACACCAGUGUGUAUGGGGUGGUGGGCAAAGCGGUAAUCCUGGAGUGCGGCACCACCUUACCUGACAUGUACUUAUGGAGCUUCACCAAGCCCGGCACUGAAGCUAUAAAAGCUGUGGUGUAUGAUUUGGGGCGAGGACCAAGGAUCCAGACGCUGGCCGAGACGCUUGGACGGCUGACGGUCAUCUCAAAAAGUGCAGCUGUGAGCAUCGAGAAACUGCCUCUGGCCGCACAGGGCCUGUUCACCUGCCAGGCCUUCUAUGACAUAGAGCUGGAGCCCAAAGUCUACUACUACUACGUGCACCUCACUGUGCGGGUUCCAGUCAGUAAGCCUUACCUCCUGAUGAGUGAUGCAUCUCCAGUGGAAGGAUCUACAAUGUGGAUGCGCUGCAAUCUUGAAAAUGGGACCGGCCCAAUCCAGUACAUGUGGCAACAUGAAACCCGGAGUGGCAACAUUUCAACCUUGGCACAGGGCAACACCAGCGUGAUCAAUGUGACCGAUGUCAACCGCAACCACACCGGCUGGUAUCACUGUGUGGCCAGUAAUGCUGUCAACAGCGAGAGCUCUAACCGGUUAUGGCUGGACACCAUCUUUGGCCCGGACAUUCCUCAGAUAGACGUGACUCCGUACAGUAUGACAGAGCGGGGAUAUUCAGCCCUGGAGAGAGAGACUGUUUCUUUACUCUGUCAAGCCCAGUCCAACCCGGCUAGUCAGUACGUCUGGUUCUAUAACAACUCCCAGGUCUACACCGGGCCGCAGUUCAUCAUCACCAAGAUUCUCCGCAUGCACACUGGUGACUACGCCUGCUUGGCGCAGAACACCUACCUCAACACCCGCUCAAAAAAAACCAUCAGCCUGACUGUCUACUACCCACCUGAUGGCUCCCCGUCCUGUUCUGUGCAGCCAGCUCUGAACCACAGCUCUCUGAGAUUGCUCUGCUCCUGGCCUGGUGGAUUCCCCUCUGCCUCCCUCCAAUGGACCGGAGUCCUGAAACAAUUUGGACAAGACGAGGCUGACACAUGGCAGCAAACAAAUCCACUUACCAACACUGCCCUCUUGCUGCCGUCUGAAGGCCUGACUUCCAAUAACAGCUUAUUUACAUGCAUGGGCUCCCACCCGGCGAUCAAACAGUCAAAAGAGUGCAGCACACGCACAUAUGUUCCCCCUGCAGAGCCAGUGUGUUUUGCCUAUGUCACUAACAACAAGCAGUAUCUGGUGCUGUCCUGCUCCUGGGAUGGAGGGGCCCCAAAAGCCUUGGUGUGGUGGGAAGGCCCGGGUGGCCAGGGUAAAGGCGGGGAAGAAAACUCCAACAUCCUGAUCCUUCGCUAUGGUACCGCCCACAGCGGGAAGCCCUACACCUGCCAUGCUAAACAUCCACUUCUUGUCCAAGCCAAGACCUGCAGGCUCACACUGGAAGUUCCCGUGUUGCUAACGCAGCGCAGAGUUGUGUCUGUAUAUGAGGGGAGUGAUGUCCAGCUCACCUGCAACCUGAGAGCCAACUAUCUUCCUGUCAGUGAAAUCACCUGGUUCAAUAAUCAGGGUUUGGACGUCCAAGACACCUCGAAGUACACGCUGCUGAGAACAUCUGCAUGGGCCAAUCUGACUGUGAGAGACACGGAUGAGACUCAAGACAGUGGCGAGUACAAGUGCACCUCUUUCAACGCAGUGGGAGGAACUGAAAUCAAUGUAACUUUAGUGGUCAAGAGGCACCCCAUGCCACCCAAUGCGACCCUGAUCAAAGUGAUGUACAACAGCCGACAGCGUAACGAGGUGGAACUGGAGUGGCAGGUACACAGUGAGGACCAAGGAGGUUGGACAGGUUUCAUCCUGGAGCACAGAUAUGUGUCAGAGCGACCAGGAAGGAGAGGCAGCAGCAAUGAUUCAAAGGAGGGGAGAGAGGAGAGGAUUGGUCCACCAGUCUGGUACCGUAACAUCAUCCAGGACCCAGAAGUCAGGAGUCAUACAGUUGGGAGACUGACACCGACCGUUACCUACCAGUUCCGCAUCACACCCAUCAACCACCGCACCAUUGGACACCCUUCUGCAUCUAAGACUCCAGCGGAACCACGCUACAACAUGUACCCUGCUGUGAUUGGAGCAGCUAUAGGUGGGAUGCUCUUUGCAGCCAUCAUCACGGUGCUGCUGCUCGUGUACAUAAUCCGUAACCGCAACAACAAUCCUCGUGAGUCCUGCAGACAAACACCAGCAUCCUAA